UGCCCAUUAAUCACGUUAGUUAGUGUCUCAAGGAAAAACAUUUUAUUCAUCUAUUCAAAUUAGCCAAAUUAGCAUUAAAAAACCUCACCCUUCUUGGACAGAUCUCAGUAAAAUUUUAAAUCACAGAUCACAGGGUUUUUUGUAGUCUCCCAAUCCACAAUGAAGAAUCUCUCGUUCUUUCUGUUUUCCGCUGUUAUCCUGGGGAUUUCUGCUUUCGACACAUGCCCAAGAGAAAGUUGUGAGGAUUCUUGCAAAAACCGAUGUGGAAAAAAACUAGACAAGUCCUAUGGCUGCCAGUGCAAUCCACAGUGUGAGCGCUUCGGAGACUGUUGCAAAGACUAUCACCUGUGUCUAUAUGCUGAUCCAUCCUCAAAUGAAGUCAUCCAGCCAGUUGAGCCAGAAAACUCUUGUAAAGGAAAGUGUGGAAAGAAAUACAACAAGAAAGAUUCUUGUCACUGCAACAAGAAGUGUGUCAAAUUCAAUAACUGCUGCCCUGACUAUGACACAUUGUGUGGGGGCGGCGACAAGGAUGCUGCUAACAGCGAAGCCACCAGUAGCCAUAGUCAUAACAAGAACAAAGGAAAAGACAUCAGCAAUGAGGAGAUUAAAGCAAUGUCUGAGAAAAUAUAUGAGUUGGAUGAAAACAGGGCAGAGGAUUCUGACAUUAUUUUAAACAAACAGAACGCUGCGGAGAAAACUGGAAACAAAGAAGACCUAUGUGAUGAGCCAUUGUACAAGUAUGUGAAUGAGGAAAUACUCAGUCGUCCAACCUAUAAAGCAUUCAUUGAAUUGACAAACAAUUAUGUAAGAAAGACUGGUACAGAUGAGGAAUAUACCCCGGAAGAGAUAAAAGAGCAGGAGCACUUCCUAAAGGAGAUCAUGAAGACCAAGUUAAUGAAAGAACUUUAUUCGUUCUUCCAUAAAAAAGAAAUGUACAAAACAGAGAAGGAGUUUGUCGAUGACUUGCAAAAGAUGUGGUUUGGACUUUACUCUCGAUCUUCAGGAGAGGCAGACUCCAGUGGGUUCGAACAUGUGUUCUUAGGUGAAGUAAAGAAAAACAAAGUAUCUGGGUUCCACAGCUGGAUACGUUUCUACCUCCUAGAGAAGGAAGGUUUGAUGGAUUAUUACAGUCACAACUACGAUGGACCUUGGACCAGUUACCCUGAUGUGCUGGGCAAGCAGUUUUAUUGGGAUGGCUUUUUUAAAGAAGUUGGCAGUCAGUUUAUUGGCUCAAGUCCUGAGUUUGAUUUUGGCCUCUAUAGUCUUUGCUUCAUCUCUCGACCAGGCAAACUAUGUAAAAUACGUUUGGGAGGACACGAACUUGGCAUACAAACCUACGAAUGGACCAAAACAACAUACCCAAAUGGGAAAAAGUACAUUGCCACAGCUUAUCCUGUGGUUUAGACUAAUAUGUGACACAUUUGUGGAACAAUGCUGUGUGUGUGAACUGAGCCUGUGUUACCAAUAGCAAUCUAUGAUAUUAUACUGAAAACUACCGGAGUGUAAAAACCUGCUGCAAAAACAUGGCGGACAUGAAGCCCUGCAUGCUGCGUUAAAUACCAUUAAUCUAAAUUGUAUAUACCAGCUACAAUAUGUGGGACAUUGUGGUUGAUUUUGGACAUCUAUAUGUAAAACAGUUAUUUUCUUACAAAUUGUAUCACUAGUUAAAAUAAAUCAUAUGUUGCAAUGUAUCACUUUUUUAAAUGGUUACAGUUGGAUUUAUUUUCCAAACACAAUUAUUUUCAACUGAAAAAUUGCAAGGUUUAGGCUGAAAUUGCUGAUUUGGGAAAAUCCUCAUCCCCAGCUAAAAUCAGAGCAUAAAUAGAAGAAUUAUGACCGUGCUUGCUGUGUAUUGAGUUCUGAGUACACUUUGAUGGGGUUAGUACUUAAAAGGUCCACACAACUAUAGGCACGUCCAGUUAGUUUCUCCUUGUAUCACUCCUCCUGCCGUGUACAUGUAAAUACAACAAAGUGAGAGGGGAGGAACAGAGAAAAAAGGCUCACAGAGAUGAUAACGUUUAAAACAAGUAAAAUGUAGUAAUAUAAAUAUUAUUUUAUUGGAAUAACUCUCCCCGAUGCAGUGCCAGAUCUGCUCGGGGUCCUGUCCGUUUUCUGGUGCUAUGAGGUCCAGUAUCGUAUCAUCAAUGGUGGAUUUACAAUCCAGAGAUGCACUCAGAACUAAAUACACAGGAAACAAGGUCAUAAUUAUUUUUCUUAAGCUUGCUUAUAUAUAGGGUUGAGGUUUUUGCCUACUAAGUAACUGCUGCCUCUAGUGGUCUACUGAGUACAAUUAUCCAUUGGACCAGAGAGGUGAUUGUGCUAUUGAAUCCAUUCACUGCAUUCGUUCAUCGUAUCUGAGUGCUGUUUUUUUCUCUCUCUUUUCUGCUCUCAACUUAUGUAUUCAAAUCACAGGUUGGCUAA